AUGCUGUUCAACUCGCUCGUUCCUGCAUUGUCGUUUAGUGCUACAGUGAAAUUGCCCAUUUCUGUUGGAACGAUAGCAACAGGACCAAACUCCAUAUACGUCGAUGUCGUAACCGGAACCUUGACUUCCGAGCCCGGUUUCCUUCCACAGCUCGAAGCAACAGCUAUCCGAGGUGGUGAUCACAUCAUGACUGAUCCACCAAACCCAAACUCCAAUGCGACUAUCCUGCGCCUGCAUCUCGACACGCUCGUCAAGACGAACGACGACCCUGCAGAGUACAUCCGCAUGCGCGCCACAGGCGUGGAAAUCGCGACCCCAGAAGCCGCGGCUGUGCUGAGCGGCGACCGCAACGCGGCGCCCGUUGCAUUUGGAGAUUUCCAGGCCAUUAGCUCCUGGGCGUUUGAGACGGGCAGCGCAAAGUACUGGGAGUUGCAGAAUGCUGUGUUUGUCGGGAGUACGAGUUUGAAGGUUGGAGAGGAAGAAGGCACGAUUGUGGUUGGUUUCAAGAUUGCAAAGGUCAUGAGUACCAAGGGUAAUUAG